AGUCCCGACAGAGCCAGGAAGGUCAAAGUUUCUUCCUUCCCCUCGACCUUGGCCAUGCCUCCGUAGCUCCGGCCACCAGGCCGAUAAGGGAUUAACGGCCGUAGUAUUAAUCUUCCCCAUUCCCUUUCCGUCCCCAUCCCCAUACGCGGGUCUGGGGUAUGUGUAAACCGCCCCAUCCCCUCCCCGUCCCCGGCGGGCCAGACAAGACCAACCCGCAGGUCAUAAUAAUGUUGGCAGCACUUUCAAACCAAUAAUUACAGAAAACGAGAUAAAUAAUGCAUUUUUCACACACCAUUGUAUUCAUAUACAUUAUAUAUCAGAACAUGACGUUCUUUUCUCCUAUGUUUAUAAAAUCUACAAUGAGACUUUUUCGUUUAUCAGGUCUUGGAAACGACGAUGUGGGUGGCGGCCGGUCAGACUGCGAGACUGAUUACAACAGCACUGAUUCUGACUAUAAUAUUGACAAUGAGUAUUCUUCUCUUGACGAUGUCAGUGAGACAGGACGUGGACCGUUUGACGACGACACUGACAGUGAGACUGACGACGACCAAAGACUGGGCACUGAGCCUAGGGGGGUAACUGUUGAUGAUGACAACCAGAACAGGGGGAUACCAGUGUGUGAUCCCUCAGUCUUUUCCUUUGCGUGGUCGGAGGGGUCAGACUUUGUACCAGACCUCCAUGCCUUUCGGAAUGAGGGGAGAGGUUUGACUGAAGACUGGCCGUGCGACGACCAGGCAAGGGAGUGCGACUACUUCCGUGCUUUUGUUGAUAAUGAGAUUUUGGAUUUCAUUGCUGCUCAGUCAAAUGAUUACUAUCAUUAUAAAUAUCCACCAGGAGCGUUCUUAUGGCCCUUUUCCAAAGUACGGCAGUGGGUGGAUACCACGCGAGAUGAGUUGAUUGUCUUUUUCGCUCUUAUUAUGUUGAUGCCUCUUUGUAAGCGGCUGAAUCGACAAGAAUAUUGGCGGAAUGACAAUCUCUCAAUCCCCUUGUUCAGAAAGUAUAUCACUAGGGACAGGUUUUCAUUGCUGUCAAAGUUUUUACACUUUGCAGACAAUAAUCACCCUAGCAACUCUGACCCUAUCUGGAAGGUGAGAGAUGUAUUUAGGAUGAUCCUUUCACGGUUCAGUAAAUACUUCGAUCCCUUUCAGAAAAUGGUCAUUGAUGAGUCCCUAGUAUUAUUCAAGGGUCGCCUCAGCUUCAAACAGUAUAUCCCGACUAAAAGACAUCGCUUUGGGAUAAAACUAUUCGUUCUUUGUGACUGUGAAACUGGGUUAGUUGUUGACAUGUCUGUUUACACGGGCAAAGACGUGGAUAUACCAAAAGUCGGUAAGAAGAACCCUCCAGGCAUGUCUGGCGCUGUUGUCAUGAAAAUGAUGGCACCAUACAUAGGUGAGGGCCGCAUUCUGUAUACUGACAAUUGGUCUAUACCAGCCCUGCUCUCUGUCAGUUCCUACAUGACCACAAAACGGGGUCAUGUGGGACUGUACGGAUGAAUGGGAAGUUCAUGCAAAACUUCAAAGGACCUAAGACAGUAGUUGACAAUGACCACGGCAAUGAUAGGGUUCCAAAGGGCAAAAAUUCUUCUCGCUUCAUUCAGAGAGAGAAAUCUGGUAAGAUUCUCGCUCUGAAUAGGGGCGAUAAGAGAGAAGUGCAGUGUCUGUCAACAAUUCACUGUGGAAAAAUGGUAAAGACUAAAAAGCUUCACUUUCGCACUAAGGAGACGAUUUGGAAACCAGACGUUGUUGUGGACUAUACACAAAACACGAGACUCGUUGACAAAUGUGACAGUCAGAUUAGUAGCGUUGAGUGCCUGAGAAAAUCUUUCAAAUGGUAUCACAAGUUGUUUUACCAUUUGCUAGAUAUUUCAAUGCUCAACGCCUACAACAUUUGGCUCAUGACACACGACUCGACACCGACCAAGAAGCUGAUACUUCGGGACUUUGUGUAUGAGGUCUGUAUGCAGCUCCUUGAAGACUAUGGACGACCACUCAACCCGACAAAAGGACUCCGCCCUACAAACAUUCCAGACCGUUUGUGUGGCUGUCUCCACUUCCCGGUCCACACAGAGAUGAUGCCAAACGGGAAGAGACAAAGCCUCCAGUGCUAUGUGUACAGACACACGACACGGAGACCAGCCAAACGAACAAGGGUGAAUGUCAUCUGCCGAGAGUGCCAAGUCCCGUUAUGCAUUGGCACAUGUUUCAUGGACUACCACACCCUAAAGAAGUUAUAGGACAAGACGAGGGAGAGAAGGCGAGGGCUACCUAGGAGGAGACGGGUGUUUCCAUGCCGUAUGAUGGCGGUUCGAGGCCGCUCAGGCCGGAUUCUUUCAGUUGACCAGGAGUGGUGGUUACUGUCCCACCUUGAGCAAGGCGGAUGGGGUGUGUGAUGUGUGAGGUCCUGGCAGUAUCCAGAGAUCGACUAAAGGAGCACUUGCUCUGUUGGGAGGGUCCAACUCGUGAUCAGGCCGUGGUGGUGAAUUACACACACACACACACACACACACACACACACACACACACACACACACACACACACACACAUGUAGUAUUUAUGUAUAGUAUAUUAAAAGAUAUGGUUGAGGGCCACAGUCAUCGGCGUUCCGGCAGGGGCCGAUGAAUUGCAAUGCGAACAAUCUAACCAAUUGUUCCCAUCGUAACUCCCUUCCGGAUGGAGGCCCACGCUAAAACACACACACACACACACACACACACACACACACACUUAUCAGGCUCGGCACCUUCAAACUCUACCUCCUGCGGCGGUUCAAGACGCUGGGGACUCCCGGGCGUGAGAUGGCGCGUGCCCGCAGUGGUCAGGAUGAUCAACAACAUGUAAACCCUUAUGAACAGAAGCUGUAAAUACUAUUAUUUUCAUUGUUAUUAUUAUUAUUAUUAUUAUUAUUAUUAUUAUUAUUAUUAUUAUGAUUUAUUAUUAUUAUACUAUAUUAUUAUCACUAUUAUUACUAUUAUUGCAAUCCUUUCCAAUAAUAAACCGUUUAUUAUUACUAUUAUUAUUUUUAUUAUUAUUACACACACACACACACGAGGGCUGGCCUCAGCUGUAUUGAAAAAAAAAAACUACAUUCAUUUUUCUUCCUACCUCUA